AUGUCUUCCGGUCAGUCGGCACGGAUUAUUAUCGCAGCUACGUCGGAUUUCUGCGCGCGUUCUGAGGCUUUGCAGAUGAAUCCCAUGACUGCAGCUAUCUUGGCUGCUCAGUUCUCACAGGGCUCAAGUUGUUUGGGCCUGGGUGUCUAUUGCGACGUCUGGCUCACCAAGUAUAGGUCACCUUCUUCUGUUCAAGUUCAAGGAGUGAUGCCUGAGUACGUAUCUGCGCUCUACGACUGCCUCUCAAAGCCCAAGGAUCAAUGUUCGUUCCGGACUGGAGAGAGGACAGCAGUUGUCGAACAGGGCAACAUGUCCAUUAAUGGCUUGUGGAAGAGCCACAAUCGGACAGGAGCCGUUGCUUUCUCGCCAAAAAGCUACACCUCGCUAGCCGCCCCGUCCAUCAAGUCACCCCCAGCUGUUCGAUCCAUUACGUUCGCUGUUGAGAGUUCCCGUGACCUCGAUGGGGAACCGGAAUUCACCCUCCCAAGACUCAAACAACUCACAGCACCAUUUCCCAAUCCGGGUGACCAUAACAAUGAAGACUUGGAGGGCCCAGAAAGCAGCGGGGAAGGCGACAGAGUGCUGAACGCCUCCGUGGGAGACGGGCAGAUGAUUGAACGAUUUGAGCGGGACGCGGAUGGCGAUGUUGUGAGCUUCCUUGACGUGGACACAGAGACAGAUGAGGGGGGCUCUGAGAUGAGCGAUACCAGACAUGCGAGCGACGUCAACGUCUCACAUGAUUGGCAUAAAAGCGCGCGGACGAAAUUGGCAGAGAAAACAUGGAGAGCAACCCAGAAACUCGAAGCCUUGCCAAAGCCAUACCCAAGGGGAGAGGUUGAGGGGGGCCAGGCUGUCAGGCAUGUUGUAUUCCCCAAUAAGCACGAGUCGGAGCAGACUGUCACGACGGGAUCUCCUCCCGUCUUCCAGCUGGCCCCUCUAUCGAAUUUGCUGUUUCGGGAGGCAACCUUUGUGGAAGAAAAGAUCCCCUCUCCUGCCAGCACGUCUGCCACUGUCCCGCAGGCGCGAAUAUUUGCAUGGGAAGAACAGAAAGGGACCACCACAGCUGCUCUCCAGCUACCGUUCUCCGGUUUACCCUCGUCCACGCCAACCGUGCCAAUCGGCGUCUCCCCUCUGAAACGCAACGACACUGUUUCGUCGUCCCCAACUAAUCCCACCCCUGCGUAUCACCAACUUGUUUCGGAAGAUAAGACUGAGGGAGGGGAGAACGAGAAAGACCCCACCGAGUGGACAGUCAAGGAAGUCGUGGAAUGGUUGAAGGGCAAAGGCAUAGACCAAAACAUCCGUGACAAAUUCGUCGAACACGAGAUAACGGGCGACGUUCUCCUGACAUUGGAUGUCGACCUCCUCAAAAUGGAGGUCGGAGUCAUGGGAUUCGGGAAACUGAUGUGCAUUGCGAAUGCGAUCACUGACCUGCGUUGGCCUCCAUCUAGAGUCUACUCAGACCACCCAAAGGACCCGUCGCUUUUUCCCAGCGGCGAAGCUCCGAAAAAGAAAGUGAUCUUGCCUCCAAACCGAGUUGAGGAUGUGAAUCGUACUUGGGGGGAAGCUGUUCCAUUACAGAGCACGCGCCGCCAGCCCUUCGGUCUCUCGCACGACUCAACUUCACCCACUGGCGACUCAUCCAAACCCUCUCAGGGUACCUUCACGCCGGCGUCGUCCCCUCCUUCCGAUGGCGAUAAAUUCGGUGCAGGAGACAAGCCAACCUUCUUCGCUCUUCCAUUUGGCAAACGUAGAAAACCACCUCCCACUGUUGGCGAGGAUGUUGAAAUUCAGCCUGAGAGGUUGUUGUUCAGUCUUUCUAAGGGGGGAAAUCCGUCGUCCACCCACUUACAGAGACCAUCUACGCAUAGUAAUCCGUCGUUCAAAAACCCACAGACGUCCUCCGAUGGGCCCCGGUCGCCUGAGAGGGUGGGUGGGACGCUGAUGGAUGGCAAAAGCUCUAUUGCGGUUCAGCAAGGUCAAACCAUUCUUACUCAAAUUGGUGAGCCCGACCACAUUGGGUGGAUGCACAAGAAGCGCGAUGGGGGUAACUCCUGGAAACCGCAUUACUUUGUGCUGAAAGGCCAACGUUUGUUUUGGUUGAAGAGCGAUAGCAACAUGAAUACUCAUUUAGAAGGAUUCAUUGACAUUGUGGGCUACAAGGUCACAAUGGACGAAACUUUGUAUCCUGGUCGUUAUGGAUUCCGAAUUGACCGCGACCAAGACAAGACGCACUUCUUUACUUCCGACAGUGUGUCUAUCAUUCGGGAAUGGGUGAAGGCUAUCAUGAAGGCUACAAUCGCCCGAGACCACACGAAGCCUAUCAUUUCGCCAUGCACUAUCCCAACGAUUCCUUUGGCUGUCGCGCAAGCCAUGGUUCCCGCUCCACGCCCACCAUCGCCCGCCACUUUGAGAGCACUUCAACGUGAAAACCACAAUCGGCUGUCACAUCGUGGUGAUAAUAUACAUUCAGUGAUUUUCCCCGAUAUUCGCAGCGACCAGACUCACUUGGCGACUGCAGGUACACCGUCUUCCUUGCCUCAAAACUCUGCAUUUCUCAAGCCUAAGGAGAAGCGUAGUGCCAGUUCGUCACACUCUGCCCUUAACCCGACCGACAGCAGGCUAGUGGAAUGGGCUAAUUUUCAUCUCCCUCCGUCCCUUCAAGUCGAUGACCCUACCACCUCUUUCUUUGGCGGUCUCGCCCUGUUGCGCCUUGCAGAAUCCAUCGGGGGCACAUGCUUCCCCCCUGUGCCCGACUCUGCUUUUCCAGUCGAUCCUACUGAUAACGACCUAGACGGUCUCUUCCGUCUAUUCGACCUUUUACUCGACAACGGCGUGCACACGGGGAGCGUUUGCAUUAACGACAUCCGACAAGGGAAGCGGGGCAAGAUUCUGCAACUCUUGAAGGCGCUUAAGUCUUGGGAAGACAGGAGAGGGGUUCUCGCUGCGACCAUGAACGGGACGUUACAUCCUGGCGGCGGUGGAGCGUUCUCGGUGCCGACGGGCAUGUGGGCUGAAUCUAGAAUAUUCAAUUCCGCUAUUCCCAACAUCGCAUACUCCACCAGACUUCGAUUUGCUACAGAACAUAUUAUGACAAAGAGCUCGAAACCAACUCUGAGUCACCUUGGCGAAUCACCGCAACUUGCCAAUCAAUCAAAGCGUCACUCAAGAUUUCUCAUGAAAGCUAUCCUCCCGUUGGAUAUUUUUGAAGAGGUUCUUCGAAAUUUAGCCACAUCUGAGGAUACAGUGACCUUGAACCAUGCUUCACCUGUUCCCAACACUCGUAGAAUUGUCGCUUCUGUUCUCAUCUUCGAAAAUUGGGCGUUCGGCGUUGCGGAGAGGAAAUAUUGGGGGGGUCUGCUGGAAAAUACGGAGAACUUUCACUCGAUCCCGCAGCUUGAAGAGUUGCAUCUAGGGCUUAAUGGUCAACCCUUUUUGGACAGCAUCUGUCGUGCGCACAACGAUGGAACUUCGCCCUUGAACCUCUCUCGCCUCCGUUCGCUGUAUUUAUCGUCAAGAAAAGACCCUCCCGACAUGAUCCCUAACAUUGAACCCAUUCUCAAGUCGUGGAAUCCAAGAGUGGAGGUCUUGACUGUCAGCUGUGGUUUUGAUUUGUUGGAGCCUUUCCGAACGGUGUUGAAACGUUGGGCCUCCGCCGGAGGGUCUGGAUUGCGGGAAAUUAAGAUCGAGGUACUUAGUAUGGGUUUUCGCGUGGCAGGAUCCCGAUUUUUCCACCAUAGAGUCUUUGCAGGAGAUACUGUUGAACAACUUCAAGGAACUCCGCCGCGUAUCGCUUCAUGUUGA